AUUUUAAAAAUUUUAAUUUAUUUAAGUAUAAUUUUUUUCUCAAUUAUUAUAUUUUUCUUAAACCACCCAUUGUCUAUAGGAUUAAUAAUUUUAUUACAAACCCUAUUAAUUUGUUUAAUUUCAGGAAUAUUAAUUAAAACUUAUUGAUUUUCUUAUAUUCUUUUUCUAACUUUUCUUGGAGGACUUCUAGUUCUUUUCAUUUACACAUCUAGAAUUGCCUCUAAUGAAAUUUUUACUAUUCAACCUAAAUUUAAAAUUUUAUUAUCAUUAUUUUUAUUUUCAAUUCUAUUUUUAUCUACUAUUUCUUUCAAUAAUAUUACAUUAAUAAAUUUAUUUCAAAAUUUAGAAAUAUAUAAUUUAUUUAAUAAUACUCUAUUUUUUAAUAAUGAAAAUAAAAUUAAUCUAUCUAAACUUUAUAAUAAUCAAACAUUCCUUAUAAUAAUAUUAAUAAUAAUUUACUUAUUUAUCACUCUUAUUGCAGUAGUAAAAAUUACUAAUAUCUUUUUCGGACCUAUUCGAUCUUCUUUUUAUUAA